AUGAGUUCCAACUACAACCUCAGAAGCGGCGCCAACCCAUCCCAAGACCAGCCAGGGGCCGGUGGGAUGGGCGACGAACCCGAGUUCCAGUCUCAGUCGCAGACAGAGCCCGGGCUCCAGUCGCAACAAAACCCCGUCCAGUCGCAACAACAAAACCCCAGGUUCCAGCAACAAACAAACCAGAAGAGCCAGGAGAGUAGCUUCCAGUCCUCGGAAUCCACUAAACAGACCUCCAGUAACGAUGUCCAAUGGGGCAAUCAGCCUGGCGAGUUUAGUGCCUCGGAGACGAAUCCUAAGCCACCUGGAUCGUACCAUUUGACCGGUGACCAGCUCUCUCAUCCUCAGGAGUAG